AUAUAACUUGAUGUUUGAAAUGUACGAAAACUAUUAUAACUAGAACUCCACUAAUGAAAUAACUUGCAGCAACAGGAUGCUAUUUAGCAAUAAAUAUUGUAUUGCUAACCUUCUAUACAUCAUUACCAUCGGGAACCAAUACGUCAAAUUUCGAUGGAUAUAAAGGUCUCUCCAUAGCAGGUAAUAUUUUCAUGAUGAUUGGAUUUUUAUCGAUUGUAGCAAUGCAUUUUAAAUAUCUAUAUUAUGGAGCUUUAGGUAUUGUUGUAACAAUGAAUUUGGGAUUAUUCCUAUUAUUAAUAGGAAUGGGUUUAGGUUCAGAAUUCUAUAAAGUAGAGAAUUUAUUUAAUUAAAGUAUUUGGACUAUAAUGCAGCAGUUGCUUUUUGGUUUAUUCAUUUAGCCAUUGAUGUUUUAGGAAUGCAAAUACUUUUGAAAGUCCAUAAAGAUAAUUAAGGAAAUGCACCUGAGCCAGCACCUGUUACCAAAAAUGUAGCCUAACCUUAAGUUCAAUCAUGAAUAAUAAUAAUAAUAGAAC